AUGGCUACAGGUGCCCCAGGUGGUACGUUUUCGAGAUGGACCCCAACCCCUCCAGAACGAGGCUCGUUCCCACUCGAUCAUGAAGGUGAAUGUAAACUCCAGAUGGAAAAGUAUUUAAAGUGUAUGAAAUUCACUGCAAACCAAAAUGCACCAAACUGUAGAGCAUUGGCAAAGGAUUACUUAAAAUGCAGAAUGGAUAAUCAAUUAAUGGAUCAGCUGAAUUGGGAAUCAUUGGGUUUGGUCAAUUUGCCCAACUUGAAAAAUGAUGAUAAUGUCAAAAAUGACGAACAAACUAAAUCAAGCAGCUCUUCUACCUGA